ACUCCACCCUCCACCACCUCAGCAUAAGCUCUGUUAAGCUGCAUGGAGAAGCAAACACUCUUUUCCGUGCUCUUUGAAGACUAGCACCCGAGACCAAGCUUGUGUCAAGAUGUCCAACAUAGCCCAUGUGCUGUCCAAGAGGCAGGACAAAGAAGAAGGACUGGGAGGCAAUGACAAUGCCAUUCCUUUCAAUAACCAGGAUUUUGAGAAGCUGCGACGUGAGUGCUUGGAGAGUGGAAAACUCUUCUGUGACCCCACGUUCCCCGCCGAAUCCCGCUCUCUAGGAUACAACCAGCUGGGAGGAUAUUCCUCAAAGACCAUAGGAGUGGAGUGGAAAAGGCCAUCGGACCUUUGCCCAAACCCUCAGUUCAUUUGCGAUGGAGCUACGAGGACUGACAUCCGUCAGGGAGCUCUAGGUGACUGUUGGCUCCUGGCAGCCAUUGCCUCUUUAACUCUGGAUGCUGAUAUUCUGGCCCGGGUUGUUCCUGCUAACCAGAGUUUCACUGAAAAAUAUUCCGGCAUCUUUCAUUUCCAGCUUUGGCAUUAUGGUGAGUGGGUCGAUGUUGUCAUUGAUGACCGACUGCCCACAAAAAAUGGUGAGCUGCUGUUCGUUCACUCGGCCGAAGGGAACGAGUUCUGGAGCGCCUUGCUGGAGAAAGCCUACGCAAAGGUGAACAGCUCUUAUGAAGCUCUUUCCGGUGGCUCCACCACUGAGGGCUUUGAGGAUUUUACCGGCGGAAUUUCAGAGAGCUAUGAACUGCUAAAACCCCCACCAACUCUGUUUAACAUCAUCAAGAAGGCACUGGAUCGUGGAUCUCUGCUUGGCUGCUCUAUAGACAUCUCCAGCGCAUAUGAGACAGAAGCAGUGACCAGGCAGAAGCUGGUGAAGGGACACGCCUACUCUGUCACAGGAGCAGAAGUGGUUCAUGUGUAUGGCAACCCAGUUCAGCUAGUGCGGCUGAGAAAUCCAUGGGGUCAAGUGGAAUGGACCGGAGCUUGGAGUGAUGACUCUAGGGAGUGGGACCGAGUGCUGCCAGAGGAGAAGGCCAAACUGGAUCACUCAGCAGAGGAUGGAGAGUUCUGGAUGGCUUAUUCAGAUUUUGUGCAGCAGUACUCCAAGUUGGAGAUAUGUAACCUGACUCCUGACACGCUGACGAGCGAAGGGGUUGCCCGCUGGAGCUAUCAUCAGUUUGAGGGCACUUGGAAGGUUGGCUCUACUGCUGGCGGCUGCAGAAACAACCCAGCGACGUUUUGCUCAAACCCCCAGUACGUGAUAACGCUGGACGAGACGGACGACGACCCCCAUGACGGCAUAGACGGCUGCUCAUUUUUGGUCGGCUUGAUGCAGAAAGACAUGCGCCAAGAGAGGCAGUUUGGACGAGACCUCAACACCAUCGGCUUUGCGAUCUACAAGGUAAUGACCAUCAAGUAUUUCUGGACUAAAAACAGACCCAAAUCUGUUUGCAGUAAUACCAGGAAUAAACUAAAAUAUAUUCUCUUGUGUGGGUUUGCGUUUCAGGUUCCUGAUGAGUAUAAAGGUCACAAUAACAUUCACCUCGGCCCCGACGUCUUGCUGCGUCAGAGAGCCGUGGCCAUGAGCAACACCUUCAUAAACAUGCGUGAGGUUUGCUGCCGUUUCAAACUGCCGCCCGGUGAAUACGUCAUUAUUCCCUCUACGUUCGAGCCGCACCGCAAGGGCAACUUCAUUCUUCGUGUUUUUGCUGAGAAACAGGCAACUGCUGGCCCAAUGGAGACUGACAUCAAUGCCAAUAUUAAAGAGGAGAAGAUCUCAGAGAAAGAUGUGGACCCACAUUUCCAACACCUCUUUAAGCAGAUUGCUGGAAACGAUUCUGAAAUUUCUGCCUUAGAGCUGCAGAAGAUUCUGGAUAGAGUCGUGUCUCAGCGAACUGACCUGAAGACUGACGGCUUCAGCAUGGAGACUUGCCGCCAUAUUGUCAGUCUGCUGGAUAAAGAUGGAAGUGGGAAACUCGGGCUGUUGGAGUUUCACACACUCUGGGUGAAGCUGCAGAAAUAUAUGGAGAUCUUCAAAAACCAUGACACAGACAACUCGGGCACCAUGAGCUCCCAUGAGAUGAGAGAUGCUCUCUCCAAAGCAGGCUUCCAGCUGAACACGCCUGUCCUGGAGGUGAUUGUGACUCGCUACGCCGAUCAGCAAUGCGCAAUCGACUUUGAUUCCUUCGUAGGCUGUGUAAUCCGUCUGGAGCUGCUUUUCCAUAUGUUCAAAAAGUUUGACAAAAACAAUUCUGGAAAGAUUGAGCUGGAUAUUCUACAGUGGCUUUGCCUGGCCCUAAGCUGAAAAUGUCCUGCGGUGUACUGAGGAGGCGACAGCACUGAUUUAUUCCACGCUGAUUGUGUUCUUAACCAAAUCAUUGGAACUGUAGUUGACAUAUUUCAUUAUCGAGCCAGUUGUAUGACAUGAACUGGUAUUUUAGACAAAAUAUGAAAUGCAACAAUAAAUGCUAAUCAA